ACUUCCCUGUCUGUGCAGUGCCCGGCCCUCCCAGUCACCUCUCUUGGACACCUCUGUCCAGGGCCCAUGCUGUACUUUUUCCUUACUACCCAGCUGGCAUAAGCAGUUUAGCCCUGAAAACGGCUUAUUUCAACAUACAGCGCCUGUCGCCGUCUCCACGCUGUCCGCAGCCCUUUUCCUCCCACCUGGGUGGCUUUGGAAGAGGAUGGACUCCGUCAGCCCUGCUAAGGUUUUUCAGGCUGAAAUAUCUAUGUAUUGACUCACUUGCUGAGAGAGAAAACUCUCUGUUUCAGUGAUGAAUGAGAUUCAGAAGAGUUGUAAGUUCAAAUUGCAACCCUCUGGAGUUUGGAAGGCUCCCUCUCCGCCCACUUUCCACCUGGCAAGAUUUGCAUAGUAAGUAAACAGCUUUACUUAUGUUCUUUGAAAUUAAGACAGAUUUUCAUUUUUACCAAGAAACUGCAAUCCUGGCAGAAUGGUGCUUGGAUCUAGGAUGGUUAAGACAACUGUUUGUUAAAUAUUUUUGUUUUCUUCAUCAAUGCUGCACAAAUUAUGGCACUGUGUGGUAACAUUGAAAAAAUACUUAAAUUCUGUAAGAAGCAUUCCUAAAGAGGAAAGACUAGUGCUUUCCUUCUUUGACCUCAAAAUGAUGUUUAGAACAGUCUCAUGUUCAGAAGAAUCUGUUGUGGUUUUUUUUUUUUUUUUUUUAAAGGAAGUCACAGCCCUUCAGGACCAAAUUGAAUUUUCCAAAAGUGUUGGUCAAAAUUAGAUACUUGUCCAAAAUUGAGUAUCAAUCACUUUUAUGUAUCAGCCCAAUUUGUGGUGAUUCUAGAAAGCGGGGAAUAAUUUUAAUGGUGCACGAUUUUCUAAUGCAUGAGACAUUGGUAAUGUGCUUUACAGAAUUUAAAAUUUGGUUUUGUUUGAAGUUUUUGUUGGUUUCACAGUGGCAAAGCAUUUUUAAGAAAAAUAUUUCAUUAUUAAAACCCCAUCAGUGGUUUUAAACAUGUAUAAAACAUUUACAAAAUGCUUAAAACUGUUGUCACUUUGAACCUUAUAGACAACUUAUAAUUUAAUCAAUUUGCAUUGAAACUGUCAUUUCCCUCUACUGCCUUAGCGUUCUGUCCAUUAGUAUUUCUGUACUCCUUUAUUAGGAAGAGAAUCUUUGCUUUCAAUUUAAAAUAAGUCUCAAUUUUUUUCUGAAAAUUAACAAUCUUAUUCUGUUUAUCAAAGAUUCUCUCUGGAUUAGCUGACUUUCCCUAAAAGCACUUUUUUUUUUUCCCACAUUUUUCUCCCCUCCUAACUUUGCAUUGAAGAAUACUCAAACUGCAUGGCUCCAAUGUUUUAGCCUACAGUAGAACAAUUUCAGACAAAUUGAUCAUGUUCAACAGCAAUGAGAGGGUAAGAUUAAGGUCUUGUGUCUUGAUUUUUAGUAGUCAUGAAUCCCAUACUUGGUCAUUACUAAGUCACUUCCGUUAUAUCGUGUACAUUCAUCCAGCCUUCCACUGUGUGCUGAUGUGAUAUACCAAAAAAAGAAGUGGAUUUAGAAUUAAAGAUCUGGUGUUAAAUGAUUCUAUCUUUAUGUGGUGGACCAUAGUCUUGUCUAAAGGCUGUGUUUUUUCUGAAUGUGAUAGGAAAGAAAAGCAAAGCAAAAUUCAAGAAAUUAAAGAGAGAGGUCCUUCUUUCCUUAUGAAAUGUAUGCAUUUGAAUUUCCAUGUGUAAUAAGGAACUGAAAUUUUGUGUUGCAGUAUUCAGCAUCCAGAUUCUCUUAGCUUUCUAAAUCUGGAUCUGCCUACCAGGCCAUCUAAAAAAGGGAUGUGAAACACUUCCUUCAUCUUCUUGCAGUGCUUUAAGGGAUGAUGGCACACUUGUAAAGAACUGAGAAGAAAGGCUCGAAGUUAGCCAUCAACAUAUCCAAUUUAUAACAUUGUGCUGUUCUCAUUGAAGGCAAGGGAAGUUUCCACUGGCUGUUUCUACAAGGUCCAGUCUUGCAAAGUUUAUUCUCUUUGUGGAGAAAAAAAACCACUGUCCUGUCCUUUGACUUUCAGACAAGCAGGAACAAUUCAGUUUCUCUUUUUUUUUUUUGGAGAAGAAGUGAGAAGUAACUCAAGAAAAUGACUCUGAUGAUUUUUUUUGUCAUGUUGGUCAUGGAAUCGGCUACUGAGAAACUGUGUCCCCUUCGUGCCUCCAUUGAUGUUCUAGAAGGGGAAUAUUUUUUCCUUUGUUAUCUUGAGUCAAGGCAAGAACAUUUUCAGGAAGAAGCAUAUGCAAUAAACUGGUACAAAGAAAGUGCUGGAAAGCAGCAACUGAUAAAGGAUACACACAGAAUUGUUUCACAAAUGAAUUUUCUGGAGUUUUGGCCAGCUGAACUCAGUGACUCUGGGAAUUACUCUGUCAUUCACAGCAAUGGAAAACAAAAUAUCACAAUUCAAAAGUGGACAUUGAAUGUACUUGAAAGAAAUAAAAGCAGCUGUUUCAAUGAAAAUCAUUUAACUACAGAAAUUAAAAGUGCUGGAACUGGUCAUUCACUGAAAUGCAGCGAUUUGUCUGUCUAUGAAAAUGACAGCAUAACAUGGUAUAAGGACUGUAAGAAUUAUGAACAUGAAACAGAGAGGGAACUAAAUUUUAGAACCUUAACAGUACAAAACUCUGGGAUAUAUACCUGUAAAAUUUUAAUCAGUCAUGAAGGAACGAUAUACCACAACACAAAUACAAUUAAACUUGUAGUAGAAGAAGAUGCACCAGAGGCUUUCACUUUGGAGAUAGUUGGACAUCAUGAAGUGAUUGAAACAGAAAUAGGUAAAGAAGAGAUAUUCAAUUGCACAGGUUCCUUGGGUUAUUAUAUGCAAGAAGAUGCCAGCCUCUAUUGGUUAAUUAACCAAACAUUUCCGGAACAAUGCACAGGUAUCCCUGAGAAUGAACCUUCAAUAUGUGAAGAAGAACUCAAAAAACUACAGUUGGGAAACAAGUUCUAUAUCACAAGGCUACUACGGAUUAAAAAAGUAAGAGAUGAGGACAUGCAUCAUAAUUUCACCUGCAUGUUGCAAGCUGAUGAAACCACACAGAUAAAAAUAGUAAAAUUGAAAAAAGGGAAGAUUCAAGACUUGCCAGUGCACGUGUUUACUACUGGAAUGGUCCUUGCUCUGCUAUUUCCACUUGUUGCUGUAGCUGUGGUGUUUGUGUUUGUGAUGUUUAGGGUCGAUUUCGUUCUGUUUUACAGAAAUAUAUGCAGGAGAGAUGAUACUGCUGAAGAUGGAAAGGAAUAUGAUGCAUUUGUGUCGUAUCUGAAAGACUGUGUUUCUCCUACUGAAGAAGAGAGAGAAUUUGCUUUGAAGAUAUUACCCAUGAUAUUAGAAGAAAACUUUGGGUACAAGUUAUGUAUAUUUGAGAGGGAUGUAUUCCCUGGAGGAGCGUUUGUUGAUGAUAUCCAUUCAUUCAUUGAUAAAAGCAGAAGAUUAAUCAUUAUACUGAGCCAGAACUAUGUUUCUGACAGAGCCAUAUAUGAACUUGAGAGUGGACUGCAUAAAGCUCUAGUUGAAAGAAAAACUAAGAUCAUAUUAAUUGAAUAUAUGCCUAUAAGUGACUACAAUUUCUUGCCAGAAUCACUGUCACUUUUGCCAUCAAAGAGGAUGGUGAAAUGGAAAAAAGAUAAAUCUCUUCCCAUGAAUUCCAGAUUUUGGAAGAACCUUCGGUACCUGAUGCCAGCAAAGCCUAUCAAGACAAAGACCAAAGGGCACUAUAGUAAUCUUGACUUACGCUCAGAAGCUUCUCAACCCUGGACUGAAGGCUCUGACUUUAAUGCAAUUUUAUAACAAUUCUGGAGACAGAAGAUGUAGCAGAAAACUGUGUGUUUUUCUAACUAAUAGAACUAAUAAACUAAUAUUUUGAGAAAUAGUUGAUUAAGAGGCCAGCUCUGAGGUCUGAGAAGAAUACAGAAGUUACUGCAGUGGCCAGGAUGAUGUUAAUCCCAACCAAUAAAUCCUAUCCCAGAGAAGGUUUCUUCAGCAAUCUGCAGAGGGUGCAGAAGUUUCAUUCUGCUUAGGACUUACCACAUGGCAUAAAGCAUGAUGAAAAAUAUUUUUUUAAACGAUUUUCAGUGAUGUAGAAUGAUACUAUUUUUACUUCCAUAUACUUUUUAGACCCUUCAAUAAAUAAAUCAGUUAUUGCAAUCUCUUAUUAUUAUUUAGAUACUCCUUGUUUUGUAUUUUGGUAUUUUCUAAGGAUUGUAAGUAGACCCACACAGCUCCUGCCUUAAAGAGCUUGUCAUGCAGGCUUUGGGCAACAUCAAGUAGGAAAAAACCCAAGCCAACAGAGAAAAGGGAGGUUAGAAAAAGUAGGGCAGUUUUUUUUUGGAUGGUUUAACAGUAUUUACUACUGAAUUGUACAUGGUGUACAAUUGGGAGUCAUUUGAAGGAAUGGUAAAGACUGUUUACAUCCUAUUUCACUAAGAUUGCAAAUGCUUGUUUUGACAGGGGCAAGAGGGGGGUGGGAUAGAAAAAAUAGUAUUUUAUUAAUGGAUUUUAUUAAUUGAUAUCACGCUGGAAUCAAUUUCUCAGUGAGGUUGUGGAGUCUCCCUCAAUGGAGAUAAUCGAGAACUGACUGGACAUAAUUCUGUGCAAUGUGCUCUGGGAUGACCCUUCUUGAGCAGGAGGUCAGACCAGAUGUCCCACUGUUGUCCCUUCCAAACAGACACGUUCCAUGAUUCUCUUGUAUCCUGAGCUACCUUCAGCCAUUGCAUGUAGGGGAUUUAGUUGAAAAUGAGGUCUUUGGUGUGUAUAUAGACUCCUAAUCCUUUGGAAUUCUUGUCUUAAUAUUGUUUUUUAAAACAUUGUUAGAAGAGCUAUCGAAAACUAUGCUAAUUCUCCCUUAUUAUUAGCUGCCUGGCAGAAGUUACUAAUCUGACAUAAAUUCCUGGAUAAAAUGGAACCAUCUUUCCUCCUAGCAUCAGUGGGGAGAAGUCAAAGGAGAAUCAUUUUGGAAGAUCUUUUGUCAGGCUUUUAGGAAAUCAUCAAGGUUCUUCCCACUCUUGUCAUCGCCUUGCAUGCCGUUACUGCUGAUUUGGAGAAGGCAUCUCUUUUACAGUGACACUUAAUUCACAGAGGUGGAGGAGCUCCAUUACCUUCUCAGUGUACUUGAAAACACGGAGUGUUCGGUGACACUGCUAAUGUCUCAAGUUUCAUGGGAAUGAAACAUUGUUUGUCAAAUAUCCUUUAAUCAUGCAUAGUUUCUGGAAGAUGUUUAGGUAAAAGAAAAAGCUAAGUAUAGAUUUCCAAAAUCGAGACAACAUUGUUGUCAGGUUAACAGGUAGAUGGAAGGCAAACAUCCGCAGUGACCUUCAGAUCAGUUCUAGGAGGUCUCCUUUCUGUCAGACAACUAAGGAACUAUGCAAAUGUUGUUCAUAGGCAAAAGCCAUUCCCUGGUGUAAGAUUUUACUGAAGAAGAUUUCUCCUCUGCAGAUGCAUGCCUUUCCAUUCCAAAUCUCAAAUUUUUCGCAAUUUUCAGUUCUUCUGUACCAGUGUUUCCUGUGUUUCCUAGUCACAGAUAAGUUUUGACAUUCUUUGUCAGUACAGAAAUGCCAUAAGACAUAGUAGGCACAUCAAUUUUCUGGCCAAACAUCUUACAGAAAUAUUAGUUACUUUCCUAAUACUUAACUGAGGUAUUAAACUUUCUCCUUGGCCAUGUAGUUUUUAAUACACUGUUGUCAAUGUAUUGCCUAACAAAUUAAAGGUCAAAUGUGUUUUACUACAUAUGCUACUAUGGGUGGUGCUCAUGGUUUGUUAACAGCUCUGGACCAAACCUACCCUCUAUGAGAAUCAGCUACUAUAAAGUGAAAUUGAAUUUGCCAUGGAUGCCCCCUCACCUCAGCUUGGAGAGACAAUGUGACUGCAUAUACCUGCUACACCUCAUAAAGAUUGUACCCUAAAGCCUGUGACACCGUACAGAAUUUUACUGCCCUGAAAUUUUACAGAAUAACAGAGGAUUAUAUAUAAGGAAGUUGAAAGCUAAAUGGCAUUAACUCCCAAGUUGUUUGAAUGCCAGCAAAGCAGAUGCAUGUUGAAUUACAACAUCUGUGAAAGGGGAAGUAUUUUUGCACAGAAAGGUAUCGUGACACAGUCACUUUAUAGAUGAUCCUCACUGCCCAUGAUGCAAGGUAAAGGGGGACAAGGGAAAUUAAGGAUCAGUGGUAAAGAGGGACAAGGGAAAUUAAGGAUAUACAUACUCAUACUAAUGCCAGAUGUUGUUCUUACUGCUCUUAUAUCCUGAAUUAGUGACAUUAAUCAGACCUUGGAAAUGCCUGAUUUUUGUUUGCCAGUCCAUAGAGAAAAGGAACUGCUAAUAUUACUUUUAUACACUGUAGUUGCAAUGAUUUGCCUCAUCAUGUAUAAGUGAAUUCACAUGAUAGUUGGUUUGAGGUAAUGGGUCAUUUCAGUAAUUUAUACUGUGGGUUUUUUUCACUUUUGCACUUAAUAAAACUAUAUUUAUCCUUC